AAUACUUACAGUAUCAAAUAUACUCGUGAAUAGAAACGAGCAGACGACAGUCACUCGAACAACUUCUGCUGGAUAUAGAAAAAAUUCACAAGAAAGUUUGUCUACAUGCUACAUGAAGUGGACACUGAUAUUUUAGGCUGACAAAGAGAAAUAUUAAGGGAUAAAUACACUCGACGACGAAACAUGAACAUAAAUGAUACCUUUGCGAUAGAUGUUUCAACUCUUGAUUUAUUAACGCUAACAGCCGGAAAUGCCAUACACCUAGCUUCGACUUUGACAAGCAACCUGACCAAUCAAACGACUCAAUCGCCAUACAGAAUACAUAUGCAGAGAAAUUCCUCCCAAGUUGAUCGAUUGAUUUUGAAUUCACAAAUGGCACGACAGUUGCUGCCUGUCACCAUAUUUGUUUGCAUUUUAAUGUGUUUUGGACUUCUUGGAAAUCCUGUGGUAGUGUAUGUGUACUUAUUUCGAUGGAAAGCGACGUCAAUAAAAUAUUUUAUUGGUUCCCUAGCAACGCUCGACCUAAUCACUUCCGGUUUGUGCAUGCCUUUGGAAAUUGUGUUCUUGACCAAUCCAAUCACAGCAAACGACAGUGUACUCUGUCGUAUUCUUCGAUUGUCACGUGCAUUUACGUCAAUGGCUGCAGCUUUUAUACUCCUUGCAAUAGCCGUAGAUAGAUACAUGCGAGUUUGUAAAUACACACAAACACAAAUGUCUGUACAAGAGGCCAAAACACUAUGCGUUGUGUCUUUACCAGUAGCUGUGUGUCUUUCUUGGCCAGCAUUUUUUGUGUUUGGAAAUUUCGAUCGAGAUACUGAUCCAUUUCUACAAACUUCUUGUUCGACCGCUCAACACCUCCGAGGGACUAUUUAUCCUCUUUUGUAUUACCUGAUGCUGUUUCUCAUCUUCAUCGUAGUGUCAGCAUGCAUGUUUGUCUUUUAUCUCCUUGUUGGUGUUAAACUUUGUCGUCUUCGAUCAUCCAAGUCCAAACGAUCCAUUUCAAAAGUAAUGACGGAAAAAUUUCAACAAUAUUCAUCUGGUCAUUUUUCUCAAGAUACGACAACUGACGAAUCCCGUUCAAGCACCUUAGGGAACAAGGACAAGAACAUCCGAAAUUCCAUCGUCAGGAAAGCCUCGUUUGUGGACUUAUCCCAAAUUUCUAUCAAUCUGAAAAGCAUGCGAAGACGAUCUACCCGAAUAAUGAAAAGACAGAAAAUUACAUUAAUUCUACUUUUAAUCGCAGUUCUUGAAUUUAUCAGUUUCCUCCCCUAUGUUGUAUUAGCUAUGUGCAAGUCUUUUUUACCCAAUUUCUUAGAGUCCUUAUCAGAAUCCCAACAAGUCUGGUACAAUAUUGGUUUAAUGUCGCACUUCAUCGGGAAUGCUUUUAACCCGUUUAUUUACGGAUUUUUUAGCAGAAAUUUUAGACGAAAAUUCAUGGAAAUGCUACAAUCUGACCAGAAAGAGAAUCAUCACACAUUUAGUUCCGGGGGUGAGAUGAGAAUUUCUACAUCUAAGUAAAACUACGUUAUUUAUGACCAUUGUUAAAAGACAAUUUUUUCUUUUCAUUGUUCAUGGAGGCCUAUAACAAUACAAAUACUUUUUCUCCAAUUUCCUCUCAUCUGGAAUAGAAAAACUUUACGAGAGGAUUAAGGCCGAGGUCUCCUUGUAGAAGUUGGUAUGUUGUACGCUUAUGCUGUGCACUUGACACUUGACAGACAACGGGCACCUGAAUGAUUUUUCAGUGAGGAAUCUACCUGUUAAAAAAGAUUCGAAUGUUGAAAAAUCAUGAAGAUUUUAAUCUUUGUGUGUAUUGUAUUAUCUAUAUUUUGCUGUGUGUUGGUAUAGGUGGUCAGGCUUAUAGCUUAUUUCUAUAGUGAACAUAUGAUUUUGUUAUUUGCAUAAAGGACUUUCCAAUAUUAGGAUUUCGUUGAGAAAAUAACUUUUAUUUGAUAUCUUGUCGAUAGUGUCCAUCUACACGAGAGAAAUAUAAUAUAUGCCCCCUCCCCUUUAUCACACAUAUUUGUUUUAGCUUUAAACUUGAAAGGAGGGAUUUCACGCAUAUCACGUUGACGUCCCUUUUGGAUGAGUCAGAUAUUAAUCUCUAAGAUAUUGUUUAUUGAAGUCCCGGGUAAUGUGUGUUGGUGCUCACGUGACUUCUGAAAAUUUCCGGAGAUUGCCGGAAGUUUCGUCGUGACUUGCGGUUGUUGAACACCCGUAAAAAUACAUGUAAUUGUGUCUUGUCAAUUCCUUGUUUUGAAAAUCAUUCCAAUUCAUUUGCUUUGCUUUACAGAAUAAAAAUUA